CCACUGGCCAUCGCCCGGACGGGUGGCUCGGGCGGUCAGGUCUUCGUGUACGCCGAAGAACGAUCCUCCACGGCGUUCGCCGGGGGUGGCCGGCAUAUUCACAGGACUUGGUCGGAGGGUCAUCAAGGAUCUUGAGAGAGUCUUUGUCGUCCUACCUGCUUCCAGUCUCUCAGCCUUCGCCCGGAUCUCUUCCCUCGGUCCACGAACACCUGCUCACGCCGCCUUCGUCCUACCCACUCCAUCCCACUCCUCACAUUAGUCGUGCUUCAACCUCGCAUGUCAGCUUACCCCUUACUCCUACUUCGUCGUUCACUGGUUCUUCCCACGAACAUACAUCUAUCCCAUCGACCCACAAAUCUGCUACGAUUACUCCCAUCCGUCAUCGGGCUACCGUUCCCUUCAUCUCCAUCCUCUUCCCCUACCAAGCGUCUUUCGUGGAUAUCUACUCUCAUCCUCUCGACGUGGUGACUCCACCUCAUAAUGUACUCAGCGGUUUCAUAUUCGAUCACCCCACCGCUGGGCGUCAUGUCUUCAUACCACUCGCCGCUCAAAUCUUCGCCGUUUCCGCUCGCCCUGAGACCCUUGGCGCCAACUUUUCAGAAGUUUUGCGUCCCUACGAUCCGAUGCGACUAUCGACUUCUCCAUCAGGACUGGUUGCCGACGUAUCUGCAUUGGAUCUCCGGGAAAGCCUCACGGCGUUGCUUGAUCUCGCGUCCGAUCAACUCGAGGGUAAACUCCUUGUGCUUGUGCUCGACAGGUCCGAGGCAGAUACACAGAGUCUCGGUCAGAUGCUACAUUCGCUCAUGUACGUUGGAGGCCAAGUCGUUGGACCUGGCGGGCUGGCAGGAGGUUUGGAAUGGGAUCGGGAGCGGUGGGUAAUGGUGGCAAUGGAGCUGUAGAGUAUAAUCCUGUGAUACAUCCAGGUUGCUGCU